ACUUUCAAGGUGUCAUCGCAUAUCUGAAAAUGCUUUUGGAAUUCUUGGAAAUCGAUGGAGAGUUUUUAGAUCAAGAAUUGCUUUAUCUCCUGAAAAAGUUAGCAUCCUUGUUCUUGGUGCUAUUACCUUGCACAAUUAUUUGCGAAGUAAUUCUACUGCAGGUAAGAUUUACAUGCCAGAAGAUCUUUUUGAUCAUGAAGAUCCUGCAGUCACAGGUAAAUUUAUUCAGGGAAACUGGCACAGUGAUGAAGAAUGCAUCUAUUGGCAGGACUUACCUCCUUGUACUGCCCAUAAUUCCACAUUCCAAGCAAAGGAAAUUAGAAAAGAAUUUACCGAAUAUUUCAUGAUGGAAGGUGCUCUAUCAUGGCAAUGA